UCCCGGGCGGACCCAAAAGGACCCCCGGAAACCACCCAGAUCGCGGCGAUUUUUCACUGGGAAGGGAAAAGCCCUCCCACGUUUUACGCCAGCUCGCCUGUUCCCCUGCCCCGCCUUCCCGUUUCGAGCUUCCGCCUCAUUCCCUCCCUCUCCCUCUCUCUCGCUGUCACGCGCUAGCAGUCGUACACCAACCCGAGCUCCUCUCACCUCACGGGGAGAGGCCGCGAGAGAGGACGACGGCGAGGGAGGAGGCCGGGAUAGGGUUAGGGUUUUUGGUCUAGCCCGGUGGGUGCUGAUCCAUGGACGGGGGUACGGCCCCGGUCGCGGAGGUGCUCUCGCCCGGUGAGGCCGACUGGCCCCCCGAGCUCCGCCUCCCGCCGCCGCCGCCUCCCGCGCCGGGGCGCCCGCGCGGCUGGGCGGCCCCCGCUCCCCACCUGCACCCGCAGCCUCCGCCUCCGGCCGCGGCGGUGGGGCCCAAGGUGGAGCAGCGGUCGCCGCCUCGCCACGCGGAGGGGGGUUUCGUCGACCAGCAGUUCCUCGGGUCGAUCAUGGGGCCCGCCGCGGCGGCCCCGCCCCAGCAGCAGCAGCCCGCGGCCGCCGCCGCGCCGGUGAAGAGGAAGAGGGGGAGGCCGCCGAAGAACAGGGACGGCGCGCCGCCGCCGGCGGCGGCGCCCGCGCCGGUGAAGCCCGUGAACAAGAAGGACGAGGAGGUGGUGUGCUUCAUCUGCUUCGACGGGGGCGACCUCGUGGUCUGCGACCGGAGGGGUUGUCCCAAGGUGUACCAUCCCGCGUGCAUCAAGCGCGACGCGUCCUUCUUCCGGUCUCGGGGCAAGUGGGAUUGCGGUUGGCACAUAUGCAGCAGCUGCGAAAAGGCAGUACAAUACAUGUGCUAUACCUGCACGUACUCCGUCUGCAAAGCGUGCAUCAAACAAGGCAAAUUCUUUGGUGUCAGAGGGAACAAGGGCUUCUGUGAUACAUGUUAUGGUACAAUAUUGUUGAUAGAAUCCAAAGAUGAUGGUGCAAAGGUUGGUGUUGAUUUUGAUGAUAAAAAUAGCUGGGAGUAUCUUUUCAAGUUAUAUUGGUUGGAUGUGAAAGGGAAACAUUUAUUAACAUUGGAAGAGCUAAUCAGUGCCAAGAGCCACUGGACUGUCCCUACUACUGCUUGUAGGAGAGAGAAAGAGGAAUCAUCUGAUGAUUUAUAUGAUGCAAACGAUGACGAAGAUGCUAGUUUUGACAUCUCUUCAAGGAAACGAAGACGGAAUAAUUCUUCAGGGAAAAGAGGACAGAAACGCAAGAAAGACAGUGGUACUACUGCAAGGAAGUGUGGAAUCUCAAUCAACAGUGCUGGAAGCUUACCGAAUGGAUCAAAAAAUGAAGGGAUGUCCUUGCCAGGUGUUACAGAAUGGGCUUCAGCUGAGCUAUUGGAAUUCAUUGGGCACAUGAGAAAUGGUGAUAGUUCUUAUAUUUCCCAGUCUGAUGUUCAGGCUCUUUUGCUUGAAUAUAUAAAGCAAAAUAAUCUCCAUGAUCCUCGCAAAAAAAGUCAAGUUAUCUGUGAUUCAAGGCUUAGCAAUUUGUUUAGAAAACCGCGUGUCGGUCAUUUUGAGAUGUUAAAGCUUUUGGAGACGCAUUAUCUUGUGAAACAGGCCCCAGCAUUAAAUGCAGAUAGUCAAAGAGCAAUUGAUUCAGAUUGUGCUGAAGCGGCCACUGAAGGAUAUAAUGAGUUGACGGCUAAAUUAUGUUCUGAUAAGAGGAUGAAGGCUCAUAAGAAGAUUGAAAGAGAACUGACAACUAAUCUUGAGGAUUAUGCAGCCAUUGACAUGCAUAAUAUAAAUUUAAUUUACUUGCGUCGCAGUUUGAUGGAGGAUCUUAUUGAUGCUGCUGCUGCAUUCUCUGACAAAAUUGCUGGUGCUUUUGUGAGGAUAAGAAUUUCUGGUCUUGGCAACAAGCAAGAUAUGUACCGUCUAGUGAAAGUUCUUGGUACACAUAAGGUUGCUGAGCGAUACAGUGUUGGUAAAAAGGCAACAGAUUAUGCUCUCGAGAUAUCAAAUUUGGAUAAAAAGGAGGUUAUCACAAUGGAUACGAUCUCUAAUCAGGAUUUCACAGAGGAGGAAUGCAAGCGCUUACGUCAGAGUAUGAAGUUUGGUCUAACCACCCGGUUAAAAGUGGGGGACAUCUAUGAGAAAGCUAAAAUAUUCCAAUCUCUGCGAUUUAAAGAUUGGUUGGAAAAUGAGAAACAGAGGCUGAGCCAUCUUCGUGAUCGUGCUAGUGAAACUGGACGUCGAAAGGAAUUGAGAGAGUGUGUAGAAAAGUUGCAGCUUUUGGACACUCCUGAAGAAAAAGCCCGCAGGAUUAAUGAAGUGCCUGAAGUACAUGUUGAUCCCCGCAUGGCUCCAAAUUAUGAAUCUGCUGAAGAACAGGAUUAUAAGAAAGCUGUUGAUUGGACCAUAAAUAGGAAUGGGUCAUAUCUAGGAAGAAAAGGAUCAAAAUCGGAUUCUGUGGAAAAUCAUACACAAAAGUGCCUGGAUGGAAGCAGUGACACAAGUAGUGUGCCAACAGAGGAUGUGGGCCAUAAAUCUGGAGCAGGAAGCAACAUUAAUUUGAACAACACUGCAGUUGAGCCUGCAAUGCUUGGAGUUGUAUCAGAUGACACCGAGCCAGAAAAAGUCUGGCACUACAAGGAUCCUAAGGGAAAUGUUCAGGGCCCAUUUACUCUUUCGCAGCUAUCCAAGUGGGUAACUUUUUUCCCACGCGACCUGAGAAUAUGGCUUACAUUUGAGAGUGAGGAGAACUCACUUCUGUUGGCUGAAGUGCUCCAAAAACAGCAGACAGAUUUCGUUCCGCAUUCAGCAGUCCAAUCUGGUGAUAAAUCAAUAUGGGUAAGCACUGGGCAAGAUAGAAUCAACUCAAAUUUAGUUGCAAAUAACUCUUCCUCCCCUAUUGGUUAUAACGUGGUGUAUUCUUCUACAUCAUCUGGCCAGUUUGCUGAGGGUUCAGAUCCUACAAAAGAAGAUCCAAAGCCUCUGGCCGCAACUUUACCGUUGAGAUCUCUGAAGGAUGCUCACACUUUUCAUGGUCAGGUCCAGCAUCACGUUAGCUAUUCGUCAACUAUUCUAUCUUCAGCAGGUUCAGAUGUACCAACUAGCUCUCAUGAUGUGAGGGUCCCAAGAGAACUGGUUGGUGAAUGGAACAGUUGUCGGGACAAUGGCGAUAUGUGGAAUCCAACCAUAGCGCCCAUGACUGAUAGUUGCAAGAGUGAUGUGGAGCAGCAUCCUGAUGGCAGUACUAUGAAGGACCAAUUGCAAACUGACUCUAAGAAUAAUUCGCAUAAAGUCUCAGUUCGUACUCCACAACAAUCUGAGAGGGACCCAGCAACUUCUCCUAGCACUUCAAGUCUGCUGGAUUUCAAAGCCAAGAGCCAGCAGGAACGCGACUGGAGCUCAGCAAUAAAUACUGGCGCCCAUGACCCUAAGUUAUCUGUUGCUUUGGUAAAGCCAGAGAGCUGUUCUCCAACAAAUCCUGUUGAAGACAGAGAUUCGAGUUCUGCUUCUGCUGUGUCUAUUCAGUCAGGUGCUCCUGUAUGCCUUCCCCAACCAGUUCCAUCUACAUCUAACCCAAAUUCAAGUGAGACUGAGGCAACCAUGAAUCAACAUAAAGCAUGCCGACCUGAUGCGUUGAAUGCACCAUUUCAUCAGCAUCCUGAACCUAAAACUGGCCCAUUGGUUUCCUCGAAGCCUCAAGAUGUUGAGUGCGAGUAUCCUAGUCCAACCCCAAAACUGGAGAGGAAGGAGACUUCCAUGAACCAAUCAGGAUCAACAUCAAUAGCAUCUGAAGAUUUAGCUACAAAGACAUGUGUCCACUCUUCAAUGUCUUUUGUAUCUGAACUAUCUGGCCCACCUGCUAGUGAAAUUGAUAGCUUGCAAUCACUCAAGGAAAGAUCAUGUCUAGAAAAAAGAAAUUCAAGAGAUAGGGAAUCUAUCACCCAAAUGAAGCAUGUGUUUGAAGAGACUACAGUAAAGAGAAACAGCAAACUGGUUAAUCCUGUAUCUGAUGCUGAAGGGAUUGCUGUAUCAGAUGUGUUGGAAUCAUUAACAGAACAAAGUUGUGAAAAAUACAAUACACGUGAAGCCGUGCCUUUAGAAAAUUUUGUGCCAGCUUCAGCUGAGGAAGAACAACCGCAAUGCUCUAGUCCUAUUGCAUUGUCACCUUGGGGUGAGCCAAGUUACUAUCAGGGUGAAGCUGUUGAUUCUGCUCUAUGGGGGGUCCAAGAUGACCCUAGUAAUGACAUGUGGUCAAUGUCUUCACCAACACCUGCUCUCCAGCCUUCCUCAGGUCUUGGAGCUGAUGGAAAAGAUACUUCAUGCAUCAUAGAGGAGGUGAUAGCAGUUCAAGGAAAUAGUGCUUUUGUUGAAACAGUACCAACACAAGGGGAGAAAAAGAUGGAACAGGGAAAUUCAAGUGCCACCACAGGUCCUGGAGUACCAGAAGAGGUAAAACCAAAACCAAGUGCUGCCUCAGGUCCAUCUCUAGAUGGGAGCACAAAAGCUUCAGGCUGGCAACCCUCAGGGUCAUCUCUAGAGGGGAGCGCAAAAGCUUCAGGUUGGAGACCGCCAGCCUUAUCGCUUGAGGGGGUUACUAAUGAUUCAGGUUCGCAACCAUCAUGUCCUUCUACUCAAGGGAGUGCAAAAGCUUCAGGUUGGCAGAGGUCAAGUUCAUCUCCAGAUGGGAGCAGAAAAGCCUCAGGUUGGCAAGCACCAGGUUCUUCUACAGAGGGCAGUGCAAAAGCUGCAUGGCACCGAUCAAGUACUUCACCAGAGGGAGGCAGAAAAGCUUCAGGUUGGCAACGGUCAGCUUCUUUCACUCAGGGAAGCACAAAAGCUUCAGGUUGGCAACCCUCAGGUUCUUCUACAGAGGGGUGUGCAAAUGGUGAUGGCUGGCAACGAACAAGUUCGUCUCCCGAGGGUACCAGAAAAUCUUCAGGUUUGCAUUGGUCAGGUCGUGAGAGAUCAAAGGUUAAUUCGACAUCUGGUGCCAGCGAAAACCGUAAAUCGUCAAGUCACCAAGCGACGACACCAACUGGGAGGCACUCUUUGGAAGUCCCAAAGAGACAGGGAAAUGGCGACAAGAGUACUUCUGUCUGGGAAGAAGCUCUAGGAAACUCUAGGGAAGCAUCAAAGAGGCAGGGAAGCAACGACAAGAACGCUGACUGGGGAGAGGCUAUAGGAAGCAACAGGAGCUGGCAUUCAUCCUCUGGCAAUGCCGGUCGGGGCAGCCAGGGGAGUCACCACCAUGACAGACACUCCCAUGGCAGCGAAUCCCGGCGUGGCAGCUCAAACAACCCUCGGAGGUCUGACCAUCGUCAUGAUUAUGGCAAUGGAGGGUCAUCAAGAUCAUCGUCGAGAGGGCAACCCCAAAAGGGGGUCUGCAAAUACUAUCAGAAUGGCAACUGCUGGAAGGGUUUCAAGUGCCAGUUCCAGCACCGUUGAUCUCGGCGGUGGCAAAACGAUGCGCAGUUGUGUCGUCGUGGUCACAAUUUUGUAUAGCCCCAUAUGAUCACCCCGUAGUCAGUAUAGGAGCGAGCUUAUUAACCAUGUUGGCACCACCAAAGUUGCCAGUAGUAUAUAUCCAUCAGAGCAGGAAUAUUGUUAAACUAGCAUCUCAAGCUUACAGGGCCACUGAUUUAUAUGGCUGUGGAGGUAGGUUCUCCGCUUUUGGAGGGUGAAUCAUUCUGCUCAGUUAAACCGAGUGGUUGGCA